CGGUUAAGCAAACAUGCCUUUGAAAAACAGCGAGUUAUACUAACCAAGCCUUUAGGGCAAGGAAACGUAUCUUGGGGAACAGGUUUCUUCCUCAAUUUGCCCGCAUCCCCGUACAGCGUCAUCUUGACGGCGGGUCAUAACCUCAUCAGUGAAAGCGGCCACCCGGUUGAGGACUUGACAAUCCUCCGAAACCCCGGCCCGAACAGGCCGGUGAACUAUUCGAGCGAGGUUAAGAUCUGUAGCAAUUACAAGGCCCAGCCUGGCCCUGCCAACCGAGUCAACGAUUACGGCGCUAUUCUACUUAAUUAA